AUGCUUCUUGCGGACCGUCUUAGGCCCUGCCACGGCUUUCUGGAUGUGCUCAUUUCCGACCAGAACCCCUGUUUUCAAUCUGAUCUUCGGCAACAACUCUGUAGCUGUUUCAACAUCAAACGUGCCAUGUCCUCGUCCUACCGUCCCCAGAGAGACAGCCAAACUCAGCGGGUUAGCCCCACCCCGGAGCAGAUGCUCCGCACCCAGAUACACCCUGAUGAACGUGAAUGGGAGCGCCUGCUUCCUGCCCUGGAGCUUGCUUACAACACGGCAAUCCAUUCGUUCAUCGAUCUAUCCACUUCCGAGGUCAUGGUCGGCGAGAAUCCACUACCAGCCGCAGACGCCGACGUCGUGGGUGCGUUAGCUCGUACGCACACCCCUUUGAUGGCGAAGUUUUUCCGUCAGCUUUGUGACAGGGCCCAGGACCACAUCCCAAAGGCGAAAUGGCAGCAGAAGUACUAA